GUUUUGAAACUUUCCCAAACCCUAUAAGGGGAGUUAGCAUUUGCGGGGCUCGCCGGUGGCUCUGCGCGCACACACGCACACACACACACACACACACACACUGGACUCUCACACGCUCAUCCACAGCCCUAGAGUUUAUUUUGGUUCCGAGUUCGCAAGAAGGGUUGGUGGUUUCCCUCCCAGAAGAAUUUGUUGUUGUUGUUGUUGUUGUUGUUGUUGCAAGAAUUAUCUUUUUUCCCCCUCAAGACUUUUCUUUGCCUGCGAGAAUUAUUCCCUGCUUCUGCCUCCCUUUUAGCAGCAGCUUUUACCACCUCUGAAAAAAAACCCAACAACCCAGAGAGAUCACUAGCUAUCCGCACUGCGCGCUCCGCCUGGCGACUCCGAAGGAUGCUGCUGAUUUACUGCUGCUAAGGACCCUUUUGGAUUUGGGCAGCUUGUGUUUGAGACUCUCCCUCUCUCUCGCCCCUUCCUCCCUCGCCCUUCUCCUCUGCAGAGGAAUCCCCUUGGGGUGAGCCCCUCUCCCCCAAACCCCUACCCUCUUCGCCCCCCUCCCCCGGACCCCGGUGAUUUCGUCGCGUCGCCUUGCGAUUUGGGGGAGCCCCAUCCAUGAUGCAGGCUCGCUACUCUGUCUCCGACCCCAACGCCUUGGGAGUGGUGCCUUACUUGAGCGAGCAGAACUACUACCGGACCGCGGGGACUUACAGCAACAUGGCCAGCCCCAUGAGCGUCUAUUCGGGCCACCCUGACCAGUACGCCGCCGGCAUGGGCCGCUCCUAUGGGCCUUACCAUCACCACCAGCCGGCAGCCCCCAAGGACCUGGUGAAGCCUCCCUACAGCUACAUCGCUCUCAUCACCAUGGCCAUCCAGAACGCCCCGGACAAGAAGAUCACCCUGAAUGGGAUUUACCAGUUCAUCAUGGACCGGUUCCCCUUCUACCGGGAGAACAAGCAGGGCUGGCAGAACAGCAUCCGCCACAACCUCUCCCUCAACGAGUGCUUCGUCAAGGUGCCCCGGGACGACAAGAAGCCCGGCAAGGGCAGCUACUGGACCCUGGACCCGGACUCCUACAACAUGUUCGAGAACGGCAGCUUCCUGCGCCGCCGCCGGCGCUUCAAGAAGAAAGACGUGCCCAAGGAGAAGGAGGAGAGGCAGGCCAAGGAGCCGCCCAAGGCGCCGGGCAUCUCCAGCCCGGACAUCUCCAAGGAGGCCUCCGAGAAGAAGGUGGUCAUCAAGAGCGAGGCCUCCUCGCCAGACCUGCCGGUCAUCACCAAGGUGGAGACGCUGAGCCCGGGCAGCGGCAGCCCCAGGAGCGUGGCUUCCACCCCGUCAGUGUCCACCGAGAGCUCCCUGCCGGAGCACCACCCGGCCGGCAACGGGCUGUCGGGCUUCAGCGUGGAGAACAUCAUGACCCUGCGGACUUCUCCCCCGGGGGAGCUGAGCCCCGGGAGCGCCGCCUCCGGCCGGACAGGGGCAGGGCUGGUGGCUUCGCUGCCGCUGGGCUACCCCCAGGCGCAACCCUCCAUCUACAGCCAGGCGUGCAGCCAGAGUGUGGACACGAGCGGGAGCUACCACUGCAGCAUGCGGGCCAUGAGCCUCUACACCGGGGACAGGUCGGGCCACAUGUGCGUCCCCACCGCGCUGGAAGAAGCCAUCUCGGAGCAUCCCAACGGCACCUCUUCGCCCCUGGCCACCAUGAACCUGGCCUCCAACCAGGAAAGCGCGCUGACCCCCAGCCACCCGCAUCCCAGCGGCGGGCCCGGGCAGCCGGCAGCCUCCUGGUACCUCAACCACAGCACCGAGCUCAACCACCUCUCCGGGCACACGUUUGGCUCCCAGCAGCAGACUUUCCCGACCGUCCGGGACAUGUUCAACUCUCACCGGCUGGGGAUUGAGAGCUCGACCCUCAACGAGCAUCAGGUGCAUGGCUGUGAAUGCAUGAUUCAGAAGCAAAACUGAAGAUGUUCAUAAAUGAGGAUUGGCACUGGCAUUGAAGUGGUGCUUAGGUGAUGGCAGAUUUGCAUAUUAGAAUCCAACAUGGCCACAAGUAACAGACUGGAACUGAUAUGGAUUUUUGUUCAGUAAGAUGCUGAUCCAAAGCCCAUUUGAAAUUGAUGGGAGUCUGUUGACUUCAUUGGGUUUUAGGUAGCGCUAAUCAAAAUUUUUGACAUGACAGUUUAAAGUAGCAAAAAAAAAAAAGAUACUGUUUCAUUGAAAUCAAAUGUUUCACAGGAACAUAUAGAUUUGAUGAAAUUUUCAAUGGGAAAAAAUGAAAAUGAGUUCUUUCAACUUUUG